AAAGAGAGAGCGACAUGACACCAUGCACAGUGAGUCAGACGGACAUCACAAGCAGGAGAGAGUGACAACAGAAAGUAGCCACUGCGCUGAAGGGGGGCCACAGUAUUGCUGUGUUGAGGAGAGAGAGUUACCCUACACUAUCCUGUGCUUGUGUUGUUGCUAUGGCGAUGGGGACCAAGGUUCUACUUGUCAUCAUCUUACUGGUUUCUUUCAACUGGUCCAAGGGGGCUGUCAUCACUGGGGCAUGUCAUAGAGAUGUUCAGUGUGGGUUUGGUCUGUGCUGUGCUGUCAGUCUGUGGCUUAGGGUACUGCGGAUGUGUAUACCACGAGGGGUAGUGGGGGACGAGUGCCACCCCUUCAGUCACAAGGUGCCCUAUCCAGGAAAAAGGCAGCAUCACACCUGUCCAUGUCUUCCUGAUUUGGUCUGCACCAGCUACACAGGUAGCAAAUACAGGUGUACCAAAGACUUCAAAAACCUUGACUUUUGAUGACAGAGGAAGAAGAGAGAAGAAGAGGACAUCUCAAAGGGGAAAGAUGGAAAACAAUGACAGCAGCACCCUGGAUCACACAUCACCUUCACUCUGUUCCCUUAGUCCCUGGAUCACACAUUACCUUCACUCUGUUCCCUUAGUCCCUGGAUCACACAUUACCUUCACUCUGUUCCCUUAGUACCUGGAUCACACAUUACCUUCACUCUGUUCCCUUAGUCCCUGGAUCACACAUUACCUUCACUCUGUUCCCUUAGUCCCUGGAUCACACAUUACCUUCACUCUGUUCCCUUAGUCCCUGGAUCACACAUUACCUUCACUCUGUUCCCUUAGUCCCUGGAUCACACAUUACCUUCACUCUGUUCCCUUAGUCCCUGGAUCACACAUUACCUUCACUCUGUUCCCUUAGUCCCUGGAUCACACAUUACCUUCACUCUGUUCCCUUAGUCCCUGGAUCACACAUUACCUUCACUCUGUUCCCUUAGUCCCUGGAUCACACAUUACCUUCACUCUGUUCCCUUAGUCCCUGGAUCACACAUUACCUUCACUCUGUUCCCUUAGUCCCUGGAUCACACAUUACCUUCACUCUGUUCCCUUAGUCCCUCGAUCACACAUCACCUUCACUCUCUUCCCCUUAGUUAGUCUUUGUUCUAUGUACUAUAGGAACUGUUAUAUUCCAUGACAAUAUAUAACAUCCGUAAAUACACCUCACUGUGCCCCACUGGCCACCAAAGAAAUGCCAAGACAGUAUAUACAUGCUAAACUGUGCCAAGACAAUAUAUAGAUGCUAAACAGUGCCAAGAACUUACAUAGCUGAUUU